GUCCUGUGUCCGGCCCAGCACCCUCAGUCAUCUGCCCGCGGUGCCCAGCGAGGUUCCAUGGCCUCCGAGGCGGUGAAGGUGGUGGUGCGCUGCCGGCCCAUGAACCAGCGGGAGCAGGAGCUGAGCUGCAGGUCGGUGGUGACAGUGGACGGCGCCCGAGGCCAGUGCUUCAUCCAGAACCCGGGCGCGGCUGGCGAGCCCCCCAAGCAGUUCACCUUCGAUGGCGCCUACCACGUGGAGCACAGCACUGAGCAAAUCUACAAUGAGAUCGCCUACCCGCUGGUGGAGGGUGUCACCGAGGGCUACAAUGGCACCAUCUUUGCCUACGGCCAGACGGGCAGCGGGAAGUCCUUCACCAUGCAGGGCCUGCCGGACCCACCCGCCAGCCGCGGCAUCAUCCCCAGGGCCUUUGAACACGUGUUUGAGAGCGUCCAGUGCGCAGAGAACACCAAGUUCCUGGUGCGGGCCUCCUACCUGGAGAUCUACAACGAGGACGUCCGGGACCUGCUCGGGGCUGACGCCAAGCAGAAGCUGGAGCUCAAGGAGCACCCGGAGAAGGGCGUGUACGUGAGGGGGCUGUCCAUGCACACGGUGCACAGCGUGGCCCAGUGUGAGAGCAUCAUGGAGAUGGGCUGGAAGAACCGCUCGGUCGGCUACACCCUCAUGAACAAGGACUCCUCCCGCUCCCACUCCAUCUUCACCAUCAGCAUCGAGAUCUACGCUGUGGAUGAGCGGGGCAAGGACCACCUCCGGGCGGGCAAGCUGAACCUGGUGGACCUGGCAGGCAGCGAGCGGCAGUCCAAGACUGGUGCCACCGGGGAGCGGCUCAAGGAAGCCACCAAGAUCAACCUGUCGCUGUCGGCGCUGGGCAAUGUCAUCUCAGCCCUGGUGGACGGGCGCAGCAAGCACAUUCCCUAUCGUGACUCGAAGCUGACACGCCUGCUGCAGGACUCACUGGGAGGCAACACCAAGACCCUGAUGGUGGCCUGCCUGUCACCCGCCGACAACAACUAUGAUGAAACGCUAAGCACGCUGCGCUAUGCCAACCGGGCCAAGAACAUCAAGAACAAGCCGCGCAUCAACGAGGACCCCAAGGACGCCCUCUUGCGCGAGUACCAGGAGGAGAUCAAGAAGCUCAAGGCCAUCCUGGCACAGCAGAUGAGCCCUGCCAACCUGUCAGAUCUGCUGUCCAACAAGGCCGCCCCGAGACCUGUGCAGGCUGAAGAGAAGCCGUUGCCCUCACCUGUGAGCCCACCUGAUACAGAGGCCGAGAAGCAGCUGAUUCGGGAGGAGUAUGAGGAACGCCUGGCCCGGCUCAAGGCCGACUAUGAGGCAGAGCAGGAGUCCAGGGCGAGGCUGGAGGAGGACAUCACGGCCAUGCGCAACUCCUAUGAUGUGAAGCUGUCUACGCUGGAGGAGAGCCUGCGCAAGGAGACAGAGGCAGUGAUGAAGGCGGAAAUGCUCUACGGGGCUGAGGUCAUGUCCAGGGCUGAGUUUGCUAGCCCUUCUGAGCACUCGCCAUCCUUCCAGUAUGAGAUGGCCAUGCGCCCCGAGGUCUUCUGCGUGCCCCACACUGUGCCCGGCGAGGAAGCCUGCGGGCCUUAUGCUCUGCCCCACGAGGAAGCUGCCAGGUCUGAGCAGCUGUCCAAGGCAGAGCUGUGCGACUCCGAGGUUUCUUUCGGGUUUGAAGCGUCUGUGCUGGAGGAGGCCUUGCGCGGGCUCCAGGAGCCGAGGACGGAGGCCAAGAGCAGACUCCGAGUCCUGGACUCCGAGUACCUGUCCCAGGAGCCCCCGCAGGAGGGGGGAUGCCGCCUCCAGGAAGAGCCCCGUCUGGUGUCCCUGGGGAUGUUGCUGCCGGGUCUGCUGGACCCGUUUGCUGAGGUGGAAGCCAAGCUGGCCAGGCUCACCUCCACCACAGCUAGGCCCGACGGGCCACUGAAGGAUGCGUCCAAGGCCCUUGUGCAGCACCCCUCCCCAGUGGAUCAGCAGGAGCCUGCCGACCUCAAGCUUGAAGCGACCUGUGACCUGAGCAGGACUAAAGCUCCAGCUGUCAUGGGAAGUGAGAGGAAGGCCUCGAACCACCACACGUGUGUGGAGGGAGAGCACGGGCUGUCGGCCUCAGGACUCCACCACUGGGAAGUCGAUCUGGGCCCAGGAGUGACGGAGGAAGUGGUGGUGGUGGCCGAGCUCGGCACGGAGGUGGACGUCUGUAUGGCGCCGGCUGCUCAGCCUCAGCUCCCCCUGGCCACAGCGAGGGACUGUGAGGGCAUGGAGGUGGCCGUGCUGACCGACGACCUGCUGCCCACUGUGGAUCAGGAACAGAUGAUAGCCCGGUAAGCAGGGCCUGGGUGCCGGUGGCCUGAGGCGGGUGGCUGCAUGCACCUAGUGCAGCUGGGAAGACAGUAGGGGUUCCAGCCACCUGCCUAUCGCAGGACCUGGCCUUUGGGUGUCAGGCCCAGCUGAGCCUCUAGUCCCCUCCCUGAUGUGACACUUGCUCAGCCUGGGGACACACCCCUCUGGGGGCCCCUGGGUGGCAGGUCUGCAGCCUGUGUGGCUUUGUGUAAAUCACCUAUGAUUUCUGGGUCUUGAUGUCACCUCCGAGACAGUCAUCCCCCUGACCAAGGGCUCAACCUCCUCCCAGCCCUGUGGUUCCGACUGCAGCCUUAACUGAGCCACUACUAAGUUUUGGGCACCAGGAUGCAAAGGUGAACGCCUUGGUAGUGCGGAGCCUGGCCCAGCUGAAAGCACGUGUGUUGAGUGAGCAGUGGGCUCAUGGGCUUCCUGCCUGUCUCUGCUUCCACUUGGUUUCUGGGGACUGACUUCCAACCAUUUCCCCUCCCCCUCCCCUUUCCCCUUCUUUUUCUUCUGCUUCUGCUUCUUUUUGUCCUUCUUUUGAUAGGAUAAGCAGAAAUUGAGAGAGGACAGGGAGAUAGAGAGGGAGGCAGAGACACCUGAAGACCUCAACUUCUCCAAGCCUUAGCUUCUCUCUACAGAGUGAGUGAUGACAUGGCCUCUGGAGAGCUCAUCAGAGUCAAAGGUGAUGGUAGCUGCAGGAUGGAGUCCCAGUGUCUGGUACUUAGAGAAGAUUCAGGGGGUGGGGCGGUGACUCACCUCAUUAAAUGCACAUGUCACCUUGAGCAAGGAUCCAGGGUUCAAGCCUCAGCUUCCCACCUGCAGGGAGGACCCUUUAUGGGCAGUGAAGCAGGUCUGAAGGUGUCUCUCUUUCUCGCUCCCUUCCUGUCUCCCCCUCCUCUCUCAAUUACUCUGUCUUGUCAAGUAAAAGUAAAAUUAAAAAAAAAAAAAAAAGGAAAAAUAGGUCCCCAGGAGCAGUGGAUUUGUAGUGCUGGCACCAAGCUCCAGCGAUAACCCUGGAGGCAAAAAACAAAACAAAACAAAACAAAAAAAACAAUCAGCACACUCCUGGCUUUUCCCAUGGUAUACCCAGAGUGCUGGCCAGGGAAGCCCCAGGACAGAGCCUGCGAACCUGCAGCCACUGGGUGUUUGGUUCCCAGAAGGUCUGUGUGACGGAUGCCACUGGAGUGGC